CUUCCUGGCGCGCGAUUAAUAUGUUUUUUAUUUUAUUUUAUUUUUUCUUUUUUUUUUUUCGAUCGAAACCUGGUGCCUCUAAAACCCUAGGAAGUGGCAGAGCAGCAGCCAGGAAAUAUAUCAACUGCUGAUUUGCAGUGUAGAAAGUCCGGAGCUUGAAGACGCAACAAUGAAGGAGUUUCAGGUCAAUGGGAACACCCUCUAUCUUGCUCUCUUCACUGAAGUCACCAACUCCAAGGAGCUUCUUGGUUUGAUGCAAUCAGGGACACUAAACCCGGAAGUUGCAUUCCUGAAUGCUUCACUUAUCCCGGAUGUUUUCCCUUUGCUUGCAGCUGCACAUAAGACGCUCGUAUCUAAGUCCCGAGAGUCACUGACAACGCGCACUCUUCAUUCUGAGCUUGUUUACAAUUACUCGGGAUCCAAGCAUAUCACAGAGUCCUUGAAAAGAUGUGGCAUCUCUGAAAGCUCGACUUAUGUGCUUGCUGCUCGUUUCAAUGCUUCUUCUGAGGAGAUAGAACAAAAGGCAGUAGAGAAACUUGUCAAUGGAAAAGAGAUUGACUUGGAGGAGUUAGCAGCAAGAGCAGAUCAAGCCCAAAUACAAAAGCACUAUAAGAUAACAAGUGUGGAACUAGGGAUAUCAUCACUUGCUGAUGCUAUUACAUGCCGGAUUGCUUCUCGUGAUGCCUUGUGAAAAGAAGGGAAUCGAGGGCAGAAUCGCAGAGCUAUGUUUGUAAGGUGGCAAAGGAAACAGAAAAGCUGUAGCUUAUUAUUUCUGUUUGGGCAAAUCCAACUGUCUGCUGUAAUAUGUAGAAUACUUUUAGACAAAGCCGAAAUUUGGAAGACGUGAUUAUGCUAUAGCCUUCAUCCGGUAAUGUAAUCUAUGAUUAAUUUAACCUUAAUUGCAGUGAUAAUGUAGUUGUGAGUUUUGUGACCUA